GCUCCGCUCGUUAACCCGUUACAAUAGAAGAUCAAAAAUUCAAAUUCUGCGUGCGCCACUUUUGCGCGCGUAGCGCCACGUUAAAAAAUCGGUAAUCUUUGUGAGUCCCAAAAGCUCAGCAGCUGUUUGUGACAGCUAUGUACAAUCACUUCCGUUUUGAGCUUUACGUGGAGAAAUUGUUCGUGGAAAUUUUUGGCAAAGUUUUUGAGAAAUUAUUGAAAAAUUAUUGUAAAAUUUAUAUUAAAAGUUUAUAAUUGAAGAAAAUAAAUUAUUCAGGUGGUGGAUUAAAUUAAAUUGAACUAAUAAAGUUGUGGAUUAAAAAGAAAAAAGUAGAUUUUUGUGAUCACGUCGUGGUGCCAUCAGAUCUUCCCCUUAUCUUCUUACUGAGGCAUUGGUGCCCUCAUUGGACCACGAGGAGCUGAAUCUACAAAAAUUCCUGGUCCUCCGACCGGAGAAGAUUCAAUAUUAAUUGUUCUGCUUAUCAAUUAAAGGUGAGAACGUGGAAGAGGAUUGAGGAGCUUUUAGAGGGCUGAAAGAGGCAAAGGGCUAAUAAUUAAUUCCAUUCUUUUCCCAAUACAUCUCAAAAGGUAUGCACUUCCGGGGAGACUGGAGAGAGCUUUCACAUUGAGUUAAUUCUACUUUUCCGUGUGUAAUUCAAGGUGAGAACGUGGAAGAGGAUUGAGGAGCUUUUAGAGGGCUGAAAGAGGCAAAGGGCUAAUAAUUAAUUCCAUUCUUUUCCCAAUACAUCUCAAAAGGUAUGCACUUCCGGGGAGACUGGAGAGAGCUUUCACAUUGAGUUAAUUCUACUUUUCCGUGUGUAAUUCAAGGUACGUUACAUAAUUCCUGGUCAUCUUCGAGCCUUCAUUGUGAAGGAACCAGCUAGAGCUCGCAACCAUGGUCAUACGGCAGAGAGGUGGCAUUGUAUCAACCAUCACCCGCAUUGAGGGAUUGGUGAAUGGCCUCACCGAAGCAGAAGUACCACUCCUGGGCACACGUGAGGUUCUGGAGUCCCAAUUGAGGCUUGUUGGGCAAAUGAGGAACAAAUUCUUGGUGCUGCAAACAUCCAUCAUCACUGACCAAACUGAUGAAACCCGAAAAAGGACUGAAGUGGACUACCAAAAGGAGAUCCUCGACAGGUGUGAUGCUCUCACGCUUAACAUCACAUCGAUGCUGCAGCAAGCCCCCCAAGAUUCAGCUGGUGAGUCAAAAUCAGAUCUAUGCAAUUUCAUGCGCGACAUCAUGCAGCAGAAUCAAAAAUGCAUGAUGGAUUUAGUGAAUGCCCUUUCGCAAAACCAAAGUAGUGGCCCAAGCAGUGGCCAAGCCCCCAGCCAGAAUCCACCCACAGUCACUAAAUUGCCUCAAAUUCAGCUCCCCACAUUUGAUGGAAAAUAUAACGAUUGGCUAUCAUUCAGAGAUCGCUUUCAGUCUUCCGUCAUUGAUCACCCCUCAUUAUCUGCCGUGCAAAAGCUCGAUUAUUUGAAAUCCGCCCUCACCUCCGACGCUGCAUCCACCAUUAAACACCUGAGUACCACAGCAACGAAUUUCUCAAUCGCAUGGGACCUCCUAGUGCAGCGAUUUGAGAGGAAAGGUGAAAUUGUUGCUGACCACAUUCGCUCCCUUUACUCUAUCCCACGUGUGACUUCAUCUGACUCUCAAGCCAUCCACAAGAUUUACAACACCCUGUCUGAGAGCGUGAUGGCGCUUGAUGCUAUGGAAAUCCCAGGAAGAGAUCCAUGGAUUGUGCAAUUUGUUUUAGACAAAUUGGACACCGAGUCAAAGGUGCUAUGGGGACGCGAGUGUGGAAAUGAUGUGCCCUCCUUGUCCACUUUUAAGAAAUUUCUCAUGCAGCGAUGUAUUGAUGCUAAAAAUUCCACCGAAAGCUCUGCCACGAAAAAUACCAAUCCAAAUCCCAAGAACCAAAGCUACCACAAACCCAAUGUUUCCAAACGCCAGAUCGGUGUAACUCAAUCGGAUGCCGCCAAACCCAACUGUCGAUGCUGUUCAGAAGCACCUCAUCCCCUGUAUAGGUGCGCAAAAUUUCUGGGAAUGUCUGCAUUCGAAAGAUUUGAUGUCGUCAAGCGCCUUGGCCUCUGUAGGAAUUGUCUCGAUCCUCAUAUGACCAAUUCUUGCACCUUCCGUGUUUGUCGCAAAUGCCAGGGCAAACACAAUGUUCUAUUGCACGACAAAUUCGCUAGCGACUCCAAUUCUACUGUUCCACCCACACCUACAACACCACCAGCCCCAACGACCCAGAAUGCUAGCGGACCCCCGCUGCAGAAUUCCACUUCCUUGGUGGGUGUUGCUUCUACCCAAAGAACUAGGGUGUAUUUGAUGACCGCCAUGGUAGAUGCACUCGAUGUUAAUGGGGGAAGGAUCCCGUGCCGUCUGCUCCUAGAUGGAGGAGCAGAAGUGAACAUAAUCACCACAGAGCUUGCCCAAAAGCUUAAGCUUCCAAGAUGCCAAUCCAAUGUUGCAGUUGUUGGGGUGGGAGGCCACCAAACCAAAAUUCGCCACCAAAUAACUGCCACAAUUUGCUCUCAAAUUUCCAAUGACACUUUCACAUUCGAUUGCCAGGUCAUGCCUAAGGCCACAGGCAACAUCCCUGGCUGGACCACCGACAAAACGCAGUACAACAUUCCACAACAUGUGACCCUCGCCGACCCCCUUUGGGCUGACCAGAAGCCCAUUGACAUUAUUGUUGGUGGAGAUGUUUACUGGUUCAGUCUCCUUACGAAUGUGAUUUCCCUUGGCCCUGGAAUGCCUCAUUUGAGAGAGACCGUGUUUGGGUACGCCAUCGUGGGAGAACAACACUCUGUACCAGCGAAUAGGGGUGCUGUUUGCCUUGCCACUACUUCUACGUUGGAUGAUGCCCUAGAAAAAUUCUGGAAAUUGGAAGAUUUGCCAGAUGAUGCCCCAAUUACCAAUGAGCAGCAAGCUGCAGAAGAUCACUUCGUCGCUACACACACCCGCACCCCUGAAGGGAGAUUUGUGGUAGAGCUCCCUUUCAAGAAAAGUCCAGAGUUGCUUGGAGAGUCGCGGCCUCAAGCAAUUCGUCAACUUCUUGCCCUAGAAAGAAAGUUUGAAAAAUUCCCUGAGCUCAAGAAAGCUUAUUCUGAAGUCAUGCGGGAUCAGUUAGAACGAGGAUGGUUAGAACCUGUGCCGUGGGAUGAUUCACGUGCAAUCUCGUACUAUAUGCCGCAUCAUGGGGUCUUUAAGGAUUCCACAACCACCAAACUACGCAUUGUGUACAAUGGUAGCGCAAAAACCACCUCAGGUUUCAGCCUGAACGAUUUCCUGAUGGUAGGACCAACCGUGCAGGACGACUUGGCUAUCAUUUUGCUGCGUUUUCGAAUACAUGCAAUCGCCUUCACUGCUGACAUCACCAAGAUGUAUCUCCAACUGCUCAUGGCUCUAAAGGACGCAGAUUGCACUCGACUUGUCUGGCGUGAGGACACGAAUCAACCCAUAUGUGAUGUCCGAUUUCUACGUGUGUGCUUUGGCCUGGCCUCUUCCCCGUUUUUAGCCACACGAGCUCUCAUACAACUCGCUGAGGAACAUGAGAGAGAAUUUCCACUAGCAUCCAAAGCACUCAAGAAGUGGUUUUAUGUCGAUGAUUGCGUCGUUUCUUGCAAGUCUAUCGAGGAAGCCAGGGAAAUACAGUCUCAAUUGAUCAAUGUGCUUGGUCGUGGGGGCUUUACACUUGCUAAGUGGACCAGCAACCACAAGGGAUUGUUUGAACCCAAUGCCGAUUCUCAGGAUGCUCCGCCAGAAAAUCCCAUCAUCAGUGUUUUAGGACUACCCUGGAAUACUGAAACUGAUUCAUUCGUCUUCACUUCUCCUCUGGACGACACCAAGGAGGUGAAAACAAAACGUAACAUGGCCUCCGCCAUAGCCAAGUUAUUUGAUCCCAUUGGUCUCAUAGGACCUGUAGUUAUUGAAGCCAAGAUUAUGCUACAAGAGCUUCAUAAGUUGAAAAUUCCGUGGGAUGGAAAGUUGCCUCAGGACAUCAUCGAGAAAUGGCUCAAAUUCGCUCAAGGAUUGCAGCACCUUCCUGAACUCAAAAUACCUCGUUGGAUUUCAUGCUUUGAAUGCCCGGUUACAACUGAACUCCAUAUAUUCUGUGACGCUAGCAUCAACGCAUAUGGAGUAGCAAUUUACAUUGUGACGUCCGAUGCUAAGAACAACAAGCACAGCAGUUUAUACCUCGCCAAGUCACGUGUAGCCCCUCUUCAGAAGCUGACGAUACCAAAACUUGAGUUAGAAGCUGCAAAGGUUGCCAUUUGUACGUAUGAUAAAUUCAAGAACACUUGCAACGCUGAUUCAACUUACUUCUGGUCUGACUCCACCACUGUGCUCAGUUGGUUGAGAAGCCCUCCUGAUGACUUCAAGGUCUUCGUAGCAAACCGAGUUAGGAGGAUUCUACAGAGUUCUGAACCCGAUCAGUGGCACCAUGUCCCUGGAAAAUGCAAUCCCGCAGACAUCAUAUCCCGGGGAGCAUCCCCAGCCAAGCUCCGGGACUGUGAUUUAUGGUGGAAGGGUCCAGAAUGGCUUGUAGCAUCCAAAACUUCGUGGCCAGAACCCUUCAUGGACUUUCCAACAACAAUAGAAGAGGCCAAAUGUCAUGUUGUUGCUCAGGAUCCACCCCUAUUUAGUGACCUCUUCGUCAAAUUCUCUUCUCUUUCCAAAAUCCAGAGAAUUGUUGCGUACUGUUUGAAGUUUUGUCAACAUUCUCGUGAACCAAUCACUGCUGUGGAUAUGGAGAAUGCUCUCCAUACACUCAUCAAGAUCGAUCAGCAAACCUACUGGCCGGGUUUGGCUGAGGAACUCAAGGAUGAAUCACAACUCUCUUCUGAAUUCAAGUCCAUUAGCAAUCUAGCACCAUUUCUCGACUCCAAGGGCCUGAUUAGAGUAGGAGGAAGACUUGAAUACUCCAGUGAGCCAUUUUCUGCAAAACAUCCAAUUCUUUUGCCGAAGAGUCUGCUCACAUUGCUCAUCGCCAGAAGGGAACAUCUGCAGCAGCUUCAUGCACCACCCACUCUGUUGUUAGCAUCACUGCGGCAAUAUGUUUGGCCGAUUGGUGGACGCAAUCUUGUGAGGAAAGUUGUUCAUGAAUGCGGCCGUUGCUAUCGAUUCAAACCCAGACCUUUGGAGCAGAUCAUGGCCAAUCUGCCCGGCAAUCGUGUUGAGCUGUACCGUCCAUUCCAAUCAGUUGGUGUGGACUUUGCGGGUCCCAUCCAAAUGCUCAGUUCUGCAACCCGGGGAGUGCGAUCUCGGAAAGCUGGCACCCAAAAGAUAUACAUCGCUGUGUAUGUAUGCAUGGCGACGAAAGCUGCUCACCUGGAGAUUGUCACAUCUUUAUCCACUGAAGCUUUUCUAGCAUCAUUUCGUUGCUUCACAGCACGAAGAACUACGCCACGCCAUGUCUUUUCGGAUUGCGGAAAAAACUUCACAGGCGCGGCAAAUGAGCUUUCGCGCCUACUCCAGCAGGAAGAAGCUCAACGGGAUAUAGUAUCGGCUACAAGAGAGCACGGGAUUUUAUGGCAUUUCAAUCCACCUGCCUCACCACACCAUGGAGGCCUGUGGGAGGCCUGCGUCAAGAGUACGAAAUACCAUUUGAUCCGCGUCACCAAUUCCAAGCCCAUAUCAUAUGAAGAAUUGCACAUUGUGUUGUGCCAAAUUGAGAAUGUGCUCAAUAGUCGACCCAUUUGCAAGAUGUCCGAAGAUCCCAACGAUAGAAAUUUCCUCACACCCGGACAUUUCUUUCUCCUUGGUGCACCCAACGCACCUCCCGAUCCAAAUUUAACCCACAUUCCCGAAAAUCGUUUGUCCUAUUGGGAAGCUUGUCAGCACAAAGUUCAGGAGUUCGGAAGGAAAUGGAGGUUGUUUUAUCUGAACACCCUUCAGCAACGAUCUCGAUGGCGCAACGUACGUGAUGAUCUUGUGGUCGGAGAAGUUGUAUUGCUCCUGGACGAGGGCAAUCCCGAAGGUUGCAAAUGGGUGCUUGGCCUUAUCGAGAAAGUUCGCCCAAGGAGAGACGGACACGUUCGUGUUGUUGAAGUACGAACAAAGCGAGGAGUUUAUACGCGGCCCAUCACAAAGGUCGCACGCCUACCAGCUACAGAUCUUCGGAAUUCUGGACUCCCUCCGGCAGUCCAAUGGCAAUUUAGUUAUUUAUCGGCGUGUGAAUUUGAUCGCUUCCCAUCGUAAUUUCUCAUGGUAACCAAUAUAUAAAUCAAUACUGAAGUUUGUCAUACAUAAACUCCAUUUACCCUCUUUCCCCUAAAUUCUCUUCACGUUUGAAUUUACUCCUUUAUUCGCUCUUUUUUAUUGAGAACACUUCUGUGACCUAUUUUAAAUUUUCUCUAUACACUCUGAGUUUUUUUUUUGUAAUUUUCCUGUCAAAAAACAUUUUUAGAUUUUUCAGAAUUUAUGGAAUUUCUUUCUAAGAAUUCAAUAAAGCUAUUUGUUUUCAUU